AUGGAUGAAGAUUUUUGUAGGAUAAAUUUAAUGAAUACGUUGAAUUGUGGUGCCAUGAUGGCUGCCAUGGAGAUGGAUGCUGAAUUCGAAAAAAAGGAGCAUAAGAAGGCGAGAUAUUGGGUGAGUCCAUACCUUAAGGAACGAAACGACAGGGGAAGAUUCGUGUCCGAUUUCGAAGCCUUGCGCAACUCACCAAAUUUAUUCGUUGAAAACUUUCGCAUGCCACCACAAGUUUUUAAUGAACUUUGUGAGAUGGUGAAGCCACACUUACUUCCGAAACGCAACAGCAGGCCAAAAGAUUUUAUUCCAAUUAAAGCCAAAUUGGCAGUGGUACUGGAAUACCUAGCUUCGGGGGAUUUGCAACGCCACUUAGCUUCUUGCUAUCGUAUCAGCAAACAACAUUUUGGUCAGAUCGUAAACGACGUUUGUGAAGCAUUAUGUGCCGUACUGAAAAAUGAAGUGCCCGAUUGGACGGAACAAAAUUUGCUAGAAAUAGCUAAUGGUUUUGAAAACCAAUGGAAUUUUCCCAAUUGUGUUGGCGCCAUUGACGGAAAACAUAUUAAUAUAAAAGCACCUCCAUAAAGUGGAAGUAUAUUUUAUAACUACAAAGGGUUUCAUUCAAUUGUGUUGCUGGCUACCUGUGAUGCGAACUAUAAAUUUACUUAUUUGGAUAUAGGUGCUAUGGAAGCGAAUGCGAAUCCCAUAUUAUGAGAAAUUCUAAGUUUGGGAUCAGAAUUCUGAACGAUGCCGGUCCAUUUCCUCCUGACAGAGUAAUUAAUCA